UCAGUUAUCAAUUGCUUCUCAAGUGGAUUUCGUAAGAGUGGAAAAAAAUGGAAGUGUCGUUCAAGAUCAAUGGGAAAAAGUUCGCAGUGAAUCCCCAGCAAAUUCCCUUGGGGACUUCUCUCAACAUGUUCAUCAGGACAAAGGCUAAUUUAACAGGAACAAAAUCAAUGUGCCUUGAAGGUGGAUGUGGUGCUUGUACUGUGAUUGCUAUAUGGCAUCAUCCUGUGACGGGAAAAGAAUGGAUUGGUGCAGUGAAUUCUUGCCUAAUGUCCGUGUAUUCCUGCCAUGGGAUGGAGGUGAUAACCGUCGAAGGGCUGGGAGGAAGAAAGGAUGGAUAUCAUGCUGUUCAAGCUCGCUUAGCUAAGAUGAAUGGAACUCAAUGUGGGUACUGUUCCCCUGGAAUGGUGAUGAAUAUGGUGGGUUUGAUUGAGAAGCAACAAGGGAAUUUUUCCAUGGCAGACGUUGAGAAACAUUUUGGAGGGAAUAUCUGUCGCUGCACAGGAUAUCGCCCAAUCCUUGACGCCUUUAAAUCCUUGGCUGCAGAUGCUGAUCCAUCUCUAACUGCACAGUGCUCUGAUAUCGAAGAUCUACCACGAAGAUGCCCAAAAACUCAAGAAUUUUGCAAUGUAAAUUGCUUAAAGACUGCAAAAAAUAUUUCCUUGGAUUUUCCAAAUGGAGAAAAAUGGUUCAAAGUUCACAAUGUGAGGGAAAUUUUUGAAAUCCUUAACGGAUAUCAAGAUAGGAAAUUGAUGCUAGUGGCAGGAAAUACAGGACAUGGAGUCUUUAGAAGAGACUCCGACAUAUCAGUCUACGUUGAUAUUAAAGACGUUGAGGAAAUUCGUGGAUACUCAAUUGAAAAUUCUCUGGAAGUGGGAUCUUCAGUUACAUUGGCAGAAUUUGCAGAGAUUCUUAAAGAAGCUUCAGAAAAGUCUGCAAAAUUCCUACAUUGCCAAAAAUUGGGUGAUCAUCUGCAGCUAAUUGCGAAUCCUACACUUCGGAAUAUGGCAACGAUUGCUGGAAAUUUAAUGCUUAAGCACAAACAUCCUGGAUUUGCAUCGGAUGUUUUUCUUAUGAUUGAAGUGGUUGGUGGUCAAGUUGAAAUUGCAGAAGAUGAAAAUACGAGAAAAAUCUUAAGUCCUCUUGAGUUUUUGAAGAGCAAAAUGGAAGGAAAAAUUCUCACAAAGAUAAUUUUGCCACAACUCAACUCUGCGGAAAUCAAACUGAAGCUCUAUAAAAUAAUGCAAAGAGCUCAGAAUACACCAUCUUUGGUUAAUGCUGGAUUUUUGUUAAAACUAUCAAAUGAUGAGAAUAUCGUUGAAAGUGCUUCAGUCUGUUUUGGAAAUAUCAACGAAUCAUUCAUUCACGCUACAAAGCUGGAAGCACAUCUCAGAGGGAAGGAUGUUUUUUCCAACGACACCCUAAAAUCAUCUCUGGCGAUUUUAGAUGAAGAACUCCAAGUCUCCGAUUCACCUCCAAAUGCAAAUCCGAAUUAUCGAAAACUCCUUGCCAUGGGGCUGUACUAUCGCUUCAUACUGAGCAUUUUACCUGAAGGGAGGGGUAAUUUCAAAAUGCUUAGCGGUGCUAAAGAAUCCGAAAGAUCCUUGUCGAGUGGCCAGCAGAAUUUCAAAAAAUUCCCCGAGAGGUUUCCCAUUACGGAUGCUAUUCCAAAAUGGGAAGGAAUCAUUCAAACAUCUGGAGAAGCCAAGUAUGCCAAUGAUCUCCCACCCCAACCAGGAGAACUCUGGGCGGCUUUCGUUCAAGCCAGAAAGGUCAAUGCAAUUAUAAAGAAAAUUGACCCGUCCAGUGCUCUGAAAAUUGAAGGAGUUCAUUCAUUUUUCUCAGCUAAAGACAUUCCGGGGGAGAACAGUUUUGCUCCUAUAAGAAAUGGCGAAGAUCUCUUUGAGAUCGAAGAAAUUUUCUGUAGUGGCAAAGUCUUAUUCAAUGGACAACCAGCAGGAAUAAUUCUAGCAGAAACAUUUGAUCUAGCUCAAAAGGCUGCCAAACUUGUGAAGAUCACGUAUGAGGAAACAGGCGAAAAAAUUCUUCCAACCAUUUGGGAUGUCUUGAGGGAAAAUGCAACUGAGAGAAUCGAUGUACAUCCACCAAAUAUGAAAGCAACAACUUAUGGAAAUAACUCAAAGACGAUCCUGUCAGGACAUUGGGAGUCUGGAAGUCAAUACCAUUUCACAAUGGAACCCCAAACGUGCAUUUGCUUACCCACGGAAACGGGAAUGGAUGUUUAUUCGUCCACUCAGUGGAUGGAUUUAGUGCAGGUUGCCAUUGCGGAUGCCCUCAAAAUUCCAGAAAGCUCCAUUCAUAUGAUCGUUAGACGCAUUGGAGGAGCAUUUGGAUCGAGAAUAACACGUGGAUCACAAAUAGCCUGCGCAGCUGCCCUUGCCUGUCACCACCUACGCCGUCCUAUUCGAAUGGUGCUCCCGCUGGAGGCGAAUAUGGAGAUUGUUGGGAAAAGAUAUCCCUGUAUUGGAGACUACUUGGUGGAGGUGGAUGAGAAGGGUCAAAUUCAGCGACUUAAAAAUGAUUUUAUGCAAGAUUUUGGAUGUUCCAUAAAUGAAUCCGUGAUAUGGCUUUCAAUGAAAUGGUUCACCAACUGCUACGAUGUGCAAUCAUGGGAUGUUGUUGGGAAGUCAGUUAUUACAAAUGCUCCCAGUAACACCUACUGCCGUGCCCCGGGCAUCGUUGAAGGGGUAGCAAUGAUUGAGAACAUCAUGGAGCACAUUUCAAAGAAAACUGGCAUUGAUCCCAUUGAUGUACGCCUGGCUAACAUGCCACAGGAUUCACCGAUGCGAAGCAUUUUGUUGGAGUUUGUAAAAUCAGUUGAUUACGGAUCACGAAAGAGGCAAAUUGGGGUAUUUAAUGAAAAUAAUCGCUGGAAGAAGCGUGGGAUUGCCAUUGUACCAAUGAAGUAUCCACAGAUGUUCCUUGGAACGCUCCCAGCUAUGGUGUCCGUUUAUCAUGGCGACGGGACUGUUGCAAUCUGUCAUGGUGGAAUUGAAAUGGGUCAGGGUCUGAAUACAAAAGCUGCGCAGGUUGCUGCUAAAAUCUUGGGUGUACCCUUGGAGUCAAUUGUCUUCAGGCCAGUUGAUAACAUGACAUCCGCCAACUGCACUGUAAGCGGAGCAAGUUCAACAAGCGAAGGGAUAUGCCUCUCAGUUAUGCGUGCUUGUGAGAUGAUCCUCGAGAGGAUUCGACCACUUCGUGAGGAGAUGAAUAAUCCCUCGUGGGAAGACCUUGUCCAGGAAUGCUUUAUAAGGAGCAUUGACUUAACAGCCCUUUACGUCUAUCGUGCUCAAGAAAUUCAGGAUUACGAUGUCUGGGGUGCAACGUGUGCUGAAGUUGAAGUUGAUGUCCUCACGGGAAAUGUUCAACUACUGAGAGUUGAUAUUUUAGAGGAUACCGGGGAAAGUUUGAACCCUCUUGUUGAUGUAGGGCAAAUUGAGGGAUCAUUCGUAAUGGGAAUAGGUUACUGGCUCCACGAGGAGAUAAUCUAUCGUCCCAAUGAUGGAGCACUUCUAACCAAUCGCACCUGGAAUUAUCGACCUCCUGGAGCAAGGGACAUUCCUGUUGACUUCCGUGUGACUUUCCUCCAGAAACCCAAUCCAAACUACGUCCUGAAAUCCAAAACUACUGGUGAGCCUGCAUUGGCUAUGACCAGCGUUAUCGUAUUUGCCAUCAGGGAGGCUCUUUAUUCGGCAAGGAAAGAUGCUGGCUUACCAGAAUGGUGUGAAAUUGGAGCACCAACAACUCCUGCUCAAAUUGUUCUGAGAGCAGGAACAAGACCACAAGAUUUUACUAUAUAAAUUGAUCUUGUAAUUAUAUUAGUUGUUCAUGUAUUAAAAAACAAAAUAAAUUUAAAAUAAAAAAUGUUUUCCAUUUUA